AUGUCAGCAGACGAAAAUACCUCUGAUUAUUCUGAUGAGAAAUUAAUCGAAGUUCCAAAGCUUGACUCCAAUCCUCAAAUUGAUUCUGUGGAUGCUUCAAAAUCUGAAACAAAUACUAAUCAAGAGAUUACAUUAUUUAAUAAUUUAACUUUUAACAAUAUAGGGCAAGAUCACGAUGGUUAUGACGAUGAUGAUUUAAAAUUAAUGUCAGAUAUCAUAAAAAAGGCAGAUAUUUUCCAAGGGACAGAUGAAAUCAUAUGGGGUCGAUUUAUAAUAUUCGUUAAAAAAGUAAAGGGGUCUACGACAACCGAUGCCUUAGUGUUAGAUAAACUGGGUACUACAUUACUCAAAGAUCUAGAUUUUUCUAAAAAAUCUCAAUAUCAUUCAGCAGUUGAAAAUUUAGAUCCUGAAUUCCAAAAAAAUGACACGAGAAAAAACAUAGCAGUUGCAUUAUUAAUGAAAUACAAUACCCUCACAACUGCUCAAGUUAAUAGAAUAAAGUCGAAAACCAUAAAAUAUACUUAUGAUCCUAGACAUGCUGGUGGCUUAGCAAGUAGAUGUAUUGAUCUAUUAGAAAAAAAGGAUAAACUCGAUAGAAAUACAUUAAUAAAGAAGGUUGAAAAAUAUAUUUUAUCUGUUGGUUUGGUUCAAAAAAGAACAGUUAAUUCAGUAUUAUUAGAUGUCGUUUAUGAUAAUACUGAAGCUAAAGUUGAUAUGAAUAAUCAGAUUGUAUAUUAUCUUGGAGAGCAAUUAGAACAACUAUUUAAUCCUCUUUCUGAAUAUUCACCAGAACAAACAGAAUAUACCUACAGGCCGCCUGAUGAAGAUACCUCUGAAACAGCUGGAGAAUAUGAAAGUAAUAUAUUACAAAAAUUAGAUGAUGAGACUGAUUUGGUUCAAUCAAUUUGUAAUGAGCUAAUACAAUUCCAAACAAAUUUUGCAUUAAAUUUAGUUGACUUUUUACAAAAAUUCUUAAUUCCUCUGAGAGUUGAAGCUCUAAAUGGUAACAUAAAAAACUUAUCAACAGUUAAACUUAAUCGACUAUUCCCACCUACUAUUGAUGAAGUUACAAGAAUUAACUGUAUAUUUUUAGAUUCAUUAAAACUUGCCUCGCCCUAUGGAGCAUAUGAGAUUAUGAAAGCAUGUGACAUUACUAUUCCUUAUUUUUAUAAAGCAUAUACCAGGCAUGAAGCUGCCACUAAAGACUAUAGUAAAAAUAUUACACUAUUUUUGGAAAAAUUUAAGGAUAAUAUACCUUAUUCUGAUACAUAUAACAAAAUCAAAUUAGAAACAAUCAUAAAAGGGCCACAAGAAAAAUUAUUGAAACUUAAACUGAUAUUGAAUAGACUAUGGGAAUCAAAAAAGUGGCCUAAAUCUCAAGAAUCUCAAGCUAAGAUCUGGUAUGACAAUACAAUUGAUAUAAUACAUUCUUUUGCAACUCUAAAGGAGCCAAUUAGCUCUUACAGUACUAGGGUAUUUACUCCUUCUGGUAAGAUUUUGACCGAAUUGGCGAAGCAUUGGCCAGUAGAACUUCAAUACAAAUGGUUAAAAAGAAGGGUUGUAGGUGUAUUUGACGUAGAAAUAACAAAUGAUUCUAAUACAAGAGGUUUAAUAGUAAUUUUCAGUGACUAUAUUGUAUUCUUGGAAAUUCAAAACUCCAAUCAAUAUUAUGAAAAGAGUAGAUUACGAAACAAACCUUUGUUGUCUGAUAUAUUGAUGAAUUCACUAAUCAAUGAAAUUGCGCUUCCACCAAAAAUUCCAACUUUAUCAGUAAAACAUUACUGCUACAUUAAUAACAUAUCUGUUUCGAUUUUUGAAGACGACAACAUAAGGUUUGAUUCCUAUAACAAUGACAAUGUUUUUUCGAUUUCAUAUAAAUUAAUAUCAAAUAGUUCAACUGUUCGUCAAGUUGCAGAUUUGGUAACAAAAGCUUCUAUUUUAGAAAAAGAUACAGCCUUCCAUUUAUUUAGGUCUUUGACAAAAAAUAUUUCAUUAUAUUCAACAGCCCAUGAAUUGGUAUCAUACAAUGAUGAGGGAGUUAAAUCAAAGUUUGCACUAUUUUUGAACACAACACCUGAUAAGGAACUGCUAACAGUAAAUAAACUUCAUGCUGCUAUAUUUGCCAGGAUUGUUGAUGUAGAUGAUAUUCCUAAUAUGGAGUUGACAGUCAUAACAAGCGACAAUAGGAAGAAAAAAGUAAUAAUAAAGGCAAAUAAAUUGAGAGAGGAACUUUGUAAUAUUUUGUCAUUAGAGUUAACCAACUGUUUUUCCUCCUUACGCUCGCCAUUUUAUUCUCAAUUACUCAAAGCAAAUGAGUUUUUAAUAGAAGAAACUUCCAAAAGAAUUGUGAUGCACAAGAAAGAUGAGGAAAAAGAAUCCCUUAAAAAAAAUAAGAAAGAAGAAACUCUUGAAGAGUUUGAUUUCUCGCACCAAAAAACUAAAUCUUUUAGUACUAUUACGACCUUUAGAAGUUAUGCCAGUGACUUGCACGAUGUCAGUGAUACAGAACUAAAAUCUAACCUUACAGAAGAAAAGAAAAAUAAGUCUGUUGCCAAUAAAUCAAGUGUGGUGAAACAAUUGGACUCAAUAAAAGAAGGGAAACAAAACGAUCUUAAAGCUCAAAACAAUGCAAAAUCUCAAGGCAAAUUGAGCUCUCAAAGUAAUCGGACUUCUCAGAGUAAUCUGAAAACUCAAAACAAAGUUACAGUUGAUUCAAUCAAAAAUAAUAGUACUAAAAUUCCUGUUAAGACAAAACCUAUCAAGGUAAAGGCUGUUUCAAAACAAGAAAAGUCUAAAAAAGACAAUAAAUCUGGAUUUUUAACAAACUUUAAGGGAAUGUUUAAAAAAACUAAACAAAAUAAAACUUCAGAUAUAAAAAGUAUCACUACUAAAAGUAAUAAGAUAAAAACAAGUAAAAAACAAUCAAGCAAACCCAGUAAAGUACAUACUGACAAAAAUAUCGUUCCCGAUCCAAAGUUAAAGGAAAAUAAAGCUAAAAAAUCUAGUAGUGUUCAAAAUAAACCUGAGAAAUCAAAUAAAACUGUGAAAUCAAAUAGUUCAAAUGCAAAUGAGGACAAUGAUCCUUCAGCAUCUAUUAACAACCAAAGAAUCUCAUCGGUUGUUAGAAAUAAAGACUUUGGAAAGCCAUCCAUUGAGGUUGGGACUGGUCUUACUGAUAAAGAUUGUAGUAGCAAUGGCAUUAUUCAGAGCGAUGAAACCGCAUUGUUGGGAGAUAAGGUAAUGAAAUCUAUUGAAAAAUUAACUGCUGCCAAUGAUGAUGAAACAAACAGUAAUGAUAAUCAUAGCAGAGAAUCAUUGUCUAGUGCAAAAAACUUAACUGAAGCCAAUGAAAAUAUCCAAGAGUCGACUGAUGACCUUGUAAAUAAAACAUUUGACGAUGAUCCAUUUGGUAAUUAUGAAAUUCAAAAAGAACCUCUUAAUUCAAAAGAACGGGAUAACGCAAAUGGUAGCGAAGAAUUACCAAAGGUUUUGACUUCCAACAUUGAUAAGGAAGUAAAAGUCAAAACUAUGAAUAAAGAGUUAAAAGGUAGUGUUGAACUUAUUGCUAACGACGUUUAUGAUAAAAGACUCCCAUCGCUACCUCACUCGAGUGAAACAAACGAUACGAUACUGUCACAGUCACAGUCACAGUCACAAAGUUCGAAUCAUUUAGAAAAAAUUGGAGACUUUAUCUCUAAACUAGAGACCAAAAAAAAUGACAGCAAUCCAUUAGAUGCUUCAACAAAUGGCAAGUUAGUCAAUCAUAUAUUUCCUAUUAUUCCUAAACCUACUAAAAAAGCUGUUAAUAUAGAAAGAUCGGAAUCUUUCAUAGAACUGUUUGAAUUAACUAGAUUAGUUAUCGAUGAAGUUGAUGGUAACUAUAAUUGGAAGAGAUUAGGUACAAAUACCUUAUCAGAUAAUGUUGCUAUCCAAAAAAAUAAAAGUAAACUAAUACCUGAACAACCUACUAUACCUGAACAGCCAACAAUAUUUGAACAACAAGAAGAGUUUUUUGAUGCAUCCGAAUUUGUCGAAGAGGGAGAACAUGACGAAAUUAUACCACCUAAGAAUAUCAUUGUAGAAUCUGAAACGAGUAAUUUAUCUGCUAAUUCAAAUGAUGCCGCCAAUCACACGAUAGACUUUUUGGAAGAAAUUGGUGACAUGAUGGAUAAUAUUUUGAAACCUGACUCAAAAAAAGUUAGUUCAACUACGAAUAAUCAACCUAAAUUCAAGGUGAUUAGUAACUCCCCGGUAAGAAUUAUUAACAAAACAUUUAAAGCUCAAGAUUCUACUCAGGUUCCUAAUCAAUUAGAUAAUGUUCCAGAUUUACAACUUGUUGAUGAUGAACGUAGCGUCCAUAAUAAAGUUGUUGCUAUUGCACCAAAUGAAGUAGAUAUUCCUUCUAAGAAUCAGCAAGUUAACGAACAUUCCAGUAAGAAGAAUGAAAAUACCGAUAUGCUUGAUGACCUUGAUUUUAGCUCAUUCGAUAUUUCUUUUGAUAACUCAACCAUCAAUACCAGUGCAGUCAACAGCCCAGAAAGAGAAUUAACAAAUGUUGGUAUAAACCGUAGGCAACUCACAAACACUGGACCAACUGUUUAUAAACUUCCACCGCUAUCUAUGAACGAACGUGUGAUUAGUGGUUCCAAGAAGUUGAAUAAUAUCACCAAUAAUAAGCUAACUAUACCUAAUUCAGGAAGUUUUGUAGAAGACGUCAUUUGGGUGUCGCCAUCUAAACUGACUUUAGAUGAUGAAUCCAAUACGUCAAACCAUAUUGCUGAUAAUUUUGAUACCAAAAAGGAUAAUAACAGUAACUCUCCUUUUUUAAUUAGUUCGCAAGAUAAUAUGAAUUCAAAACCUAAAAGCUCUAACUCUGCUAAGCUGUCAUCAGAAUUUUCAUAUGCUUAUUUGGCCAACUAUUUAGAAAUCUCGCAAGAUGAUGAAGAAAAGCAUAAACUUCCAGAGAAGCUACAAUUCAAUGAAUAA